GAUGUCAGUCAGACUUCUCCUAGCGUGAGAAUUUAGCUGGUAAUAGUGACCCACAUGGGUAAAGUGACCUUCAGGUAAGCUCCCGCCUGAGUACACGGCAAAAAGCCGUUGUUACUCGUGAAAGUUUGUGUCUGAGAACCCGAUAACUCCGAACUUGUCUAACGAACUGUUUGCACCGCACGAGACACCACGUACGUGUAUAGUUUUGUCACUGUAACUCCGGCACAGCUCCACUUCAAAAUACCACCAGUGCGCCAGUUCUUUCCAUACUGGACAUCAUUACGCGUACAGUCGGCUCUAAAUUUAGGUGUUAACGCAGAAAGGAAGGGUGUAGAUGAUAAAUCAGUGUAUUUAGUGUGAAAAUCUUGUACUCAUCAGUAAACUACUGAACAUCCACGUAAGCACUGACAUAAAAACAGAUUUCCUGAUUAUGUUAAGAAUUUCCCAGAAUUCCUCUACGCUCAAGUGGUAUUGGAAUGAUAGAUGUGAUACACAUCCAAUGGAAACUGAGAACACGGAAUUUUGGAACACCAGGACUCAUGGUUUUUGUGGGAUGCCCAUAAAUGAGCAACUUAAAACAAGACACUCUUCUGAUCCUACACCAGGAGAGUUGUCUCACAGCAGGUCAAUGAUAGGACUUUUUUCUCAUCGCCAACCAGUAUCUUCAGGUGGAACACCUACAGGGUCAUAUACAGAUGGCAGCAGCAUUAGUGGUGGAAGUAGCAGUAAUAGUAGCACCCUUUCUUAUGGUUCUGUAUUAGGUCACUACUACAGCCCUAAUACAACACAACGAGCAUUAAAAGUCUCGUCUACUUGGUCAAGCAAGCGACCCAAAGUUCCUCGCCCAGAACGAGCUUUAGCUAUAUUUCAGGCGGUGAACAAUGGACUCAGGGAGUGUAUUAAGCUAACUCAAGAUGACAUUAUGAAUCUUAGGACUUCAGCAGACAGCUUUUCAACUAACACUCAGUUCCAGGGAAAGCUCUAUGAAAUGGAGAAGCAGUACAAGACAGCUGAGAGAUAUUUAAAAAGACUGGAGUUUCAGCUGGUAAAGCUUGAAGAACUCCAAGAUCAGUAUGAAAUUCACCAGAAGAUGAGGGACGGAGUUUGUACAAUGGCCUAUGCUUAUGUUAUGUCACAAGGAAAGACAAAAGAAUCUGCUUUACACAGUGUUCACUCAGGUUAUAGAGAGUGCAGUGACAUACUGUGCAACAUAGAGGCUGAGUUGGAACAUAUGAUGGGAACAAUGUUAUUUGAGAUGAAAGGCAUACAAGGCUUUGCACGUUUAUGUGCAGGAGACGUUUUUGAAGUUACAAUUAAGAAUGCUCAUCAAAAAUGGAAAACAAAAGGCAAGGUCUUGAAGGAUGAAAAUCAAGCGUGGGAUAACAAAAAUGUUAUAUUUAAGGCACACAUUGGUGAAGUAUUGUUUAUUAAGGCUGUUGAAGUGAAAGGUUUUGGAAAGAACAAAACUUUAGGACACAAACUUUGUGAUACCAAGGAUCUUUUUAGUGCUUACCCUCAACUCAUGACUGUUAAUCUGAACCCUAAUGGAUCACUGAAACUGAAUGUUGUUGUAACAUGGAAUCCACUGCAUACUUGUACAGAAGACACUGUAUCACAACCUAUGCUGCCUGUAGGAAGUAUGUUAAAAAGUUCACCAACUAGUAGGCAGCAAGAAGAAUAUAACAGAUCUUCAGGUUUGAAUAGGCCUACUUUCCAUCACCAAUCAGAUAAAACUGAGAUGCUGCAGGACUUCAGAGUUGAUCUUGGUCGCGCUUAUGCUUCUGCUCCAAACUCCACUGUUACAACACCUGAAACUGAAUUUGUAGAUCUGCCAUCAAGCGUUCAUUUUCACUCAGCUCUUUUAUGCAGAACUGGAAGUCUUAGCAAUAGUAUAGGUGACAACAGACUUUAUCAAGCACCAAAAGAUUCCAUAACAACUUCUACACUGACAAACUCAUUACAAUCCCAGAAAGCAGAUCAACCACAUCUGGAAGUAGUAGAGACAAAAACCUCACAAGAAAAGCUAGGAAUCCAGAAUGUAAACAGUUCCGAGCAUUGCAGUAUAGGCGACUCACCAGUUGAGUUCCAUCUGAACAGCAGUAACUUGUAUGCAAUUGUAUAUAACUUAGGAGCAUGCCUAGAGGACAUUCAAGGACAAUACCCAGAACUACUACUUUUAGAGCAGACGAUAGGAGAGAUGGAGAGAAUAUUCAGAAAAGAUGUUUACAGUGCAAAGGGAUCAACAGGUUCCGUAGUCAGUGUGUCCGUUGAAAGUGCCCUUGAAUGUUUUGAUUUUCUCAACUUGGCACUGGAUAGUGACUCAGAUCAAAG